AUGACUUCAUCAAACAGAUACAAUAUUACAACAGCAGAGAAGAGGACAAAGGAUCAAUUCCCAUUGAUCAAGAACAAGUUGAUAAAGCAUUAUACAUCGGAUUUGAACAAGGCUCUAUUGGAUAAACAUUUGAAACAUAUUGCUGUUGAACGAGUAUCUGGUACACCCUCAAUCAAGACUGUUGCCAAGUACAUCACGGCACAAUUCGAUGAAGAUCAUUGGACUGUCGAGCAACACACAUUCGACGACUCGACACCAUUCGGUCGCAAGUCAUUCACCAACAUCGUCAUCACCUCCAAGCAUCCUGACACCGACCCUCAUGCUCCAACACUCAUACUCGCUGCCCACUAUGAUUCAAAGAUGUUCAAGGAGUUCAAGUUUGUGGCGGCAACAGACUCUGCUGUUAGUAUCGCGAUGAUCAUUGAGAUUGCAAAGUCGAUGGAGGAGUUGUUGGAGAAGGAGGGCAAGAGGAGAUUGAAGUUGAUAUUCUUUGAUGGAGAGGAAGCAUUUGUGGAUUGGACCGAUACUGAUUCACUUUAUGGUUCACGACGCCUGGCUAAACAUCUGGCCAAUCAUACGAUUCACCAUCACGAGACUGGUGAGUCAAAGGCCUUCUACGAAACAGUUGACUUCUUUAUGUUACUCGAUCUGAUAGGUGGACCCAAUCCAACAUUCUAUCCAACUCAUCAUGAGACAGUGCCAUUAUUUAACAUGAUGGUGGACAUUGAGGAUAGACUAUCCUCCAAGCGAAUCUUUAGACCAAGGAAGUACUUUAGCAAUCAUUUCAUUGGCAAUGAGGUACAAGAUGACCAUAUACCAUUCAAGGUUUAUAAUAUACCAAUAAUGCAUCUGAUCACAAUGCCAUUCCCAAGUUGUUGGCACAAGGCAUGUGAUGACCUCUCCAAUGUUGAUCACACCGUUGUCGAAGACUUAACCAAGAUAUUCAAGGUAUUCAUUGCCUCAUAUCUAUCUCAUUAA